AUGGUCCAUCUUCGCCUCAACGAUCCUGACACAUCGCGGAACAAGCUGAUCAACUACACCACCUCACUCCCUCAAUAUGACGACGCCGAUCAGGCGCAUCAUCGGCUUCAACAGCUUGCUGCUCAAGUGCAGCCUGUCAUGAAAAAGCACGGUUUUCAGAUCAACUCGCUCGAAGAGUUUGAAUGGAAUCGCGAGUUCGCAGGACGCAACUGGAACAAUGGUGAAACAGUCGAAUUGGUGCUCAGACGUCGAGAUGGCUCAUUUGCACCUUUGCAAUGGGUCUUGAUGGUAUUUUGUCACGAACUGGCGCACAUCAAAUACAUGAAUCACAUCCCCUCCCAGCAUGGCAAAUUAGAUCGUCAACUGCGCGACGAGUGUCGUGACCUGCAAAGUCGAGGCUACUAUGGUGAUGGUUUUUGGUCAGCCGGUCAACGUCUCGAGGACAACGCUUUCAUAGCUGGUAGUGGAACGUGCUCUCUCCAAGACUUGCCAGAGUACUCCUGUGGUGGCGCAUUCCAGAGCAAGCCGAGCAAACGCCGUACCAGUAAACGUCGUCGUACCAACCCUGCCACACGCUCACGAGCACGACAUUUCAAGGGUCCCAGCCUUCAUACGGGAGCCCAGACGGCGCCCAACACCAAAGGUGGUAGGCGAGUACACACAUCACUGCCUGGUCAAGGCUCUCGUGUUGACGGCAACAACCACCUUCCAGCCGCAUCAGCCUCCAGCUCAUCGUACAAGCAUGACGCCAACUCCACCUUCCGCAAGCGAACACAGACCGCUUCGGCUCGUGAGCUCAGAGCUCAAGCCGCUCUACGUCGCCUCGCUGCACCCAAGAGCGAAGACAUCAAGGUCAAGCUUGCUAACCCUCUACUUUGCACUCCACUGGUCUCGACCCCUUCCGGCAGCGGUACCGACGAGAUCAAGGAUGAACAAGUCGACACAGAGAUCGAGUCGGACACAGAAGAUGAGCAGGAAAACGAGGAAGGCGGACUCAUAAUUCGGCUCGAUGAUUCAUCUGCAGAUGAGGCUGAGCCACGGAACGACCCGCUCAUAUCCUCUAGCUCUUCUUGCACCGGCACGGUGCGUGUCAAACAAGAAUUCGACCAUUCCACCAUGGCCAGCUCCGAAUCCAACCAACAGCGUCUCGAGCGAUCGCGACUUUACCGUCAGCAUCAGCUCAAACAAGGCGGCCUACUUUGUUCGACCGACCAAGAUUGGCAUGACUUUUGCUCGAUCGCCCCUUUGCCUUCUGACAGCUCCGAUCGCAGCUCUGUUGCUACCUCUGUCUCGGCACCUCGGUCGCUACCGCCACUGCGCAACUCAAAGAGCGAUCCAAUCGAGCUUGUCACAUCUGAAGAAGAGGAUGUCAAGCCAGCGGUUGCGCAACAGCCGGCUCGAAUCCGGCCACGUUCGCGUCCACGGUCACCGGUGCAGAGCUGGUCGUGCCGGGUGUGCACGCUUCGGAAUCCCCCCACCGCCGUACGAUGCGAUGCUUGUCUCACUACAAGGGGAUCGCUCCUGGUUGGUUAG